GGUCAAUACUCAUCUGAGUAUGGCACAUGCUUACUGUUACGAAAUGAUGAAGAAGAAGAAUGCGUCUAUCGUUCUUUACUUAUCCAAGUUUUUGCUGCAUUUAGAUAUUCCGAUGGGAAACAGUUCUUCUGUCAAGGAAUUGAUUUCUGAAGUUGAAAUUAUAUUGACAGAGAAAAACUUGUUGGAGAAAGCACCCAAAAAAAAUAUGCAGAAAUUCUUGGAUAAAUUGAAAUCCAGAUUGGAAGAACAAAGCGGAAUAACAACGCUAGAAACUAUACAAGAAGCAACAAAUGCUGAAGCUUCUAAUACUGAUGUCAGCAAUAACUCGAGUAGAAAUGACAUCAACGUUGACAAUAGAGACAGCGGUAGAAUCCCCACGAACAAAACCGACUCUACUGAAGAAAACCAAGAAGAAGCAGUCAACGAUUGUUCUGGAAACAAAGAUGUAGUUUCAAAUAAGGAUAGUUCAGUUGGCGAGGUGGACGAAAAUAGAAGUUCUCCUGUGAACUCAGGCAAAAAAGUUGAAAACAAAAAGCGAACAAGGCCGAAGAAGGCACGUCAAAGAAAGGAUCGAAGUAAAGCUACGAAUGAUCUCCUCGAAACUGAAAGCGACGCGCUAACCACUGAUUCCGAAGCCGGACUGAGGUGUAUGAAGCCAUUGAGCAAAAAACUCAAAGUUUGCGUGACUCGGGCUAAUCUGAAUGCUUUGCAAAUUGAUAAGAAUACCAAAUCAGACGAUAGUUCGACCAAACAAAAUACCGACAAGGAUAAAUCACCGAGCACUGACAAUACUGACAAAUCGACUUCGGAAGAGAGUUUGCAGACUGAAGAGAAUCUCAGGUUGACGAAUUCUGACUCUGCUGAAUCGAACAGAACUGAAAAUUCCGACUCUAAUAACAGGCAAAAGAGAGAAAAGUGCCUUCCGGAUAUUGUGGGGAGAUCAAAGAGGAGAAUUAAAGCCAAAACCAUCGGUAAAAACAAUGGAGGGCUCGGUAGCCAGAGGAGCGAUAAUGAAAGUUCAAGUGAUCUCGAGAAGGAAGCGAGGAGGUUGAGUAAAAGGCUCAAGUUGCAGAGUUUGGAUUUGAAUAAGGUCGGGAGAGUGGACGGGAGGAGAAAUAAUGUUUUAGCGAGGUUGCAGAAACAAAAAAGGGCUGAAAAUUCGAUAGAUCGAAGACUUCCCGAUAUCCAGAACGAUUCGAAGACGAUACGGAGGACGAGGAGUCAGAAUAGCGACACUAGAGUUUCUGAAGAUCUUGAUUCGGAUCAGGACACUAUUUUACAUACUAUUAUACACGACAUAUCACAGAUCCAAGAGAUGGAAAACAUUUCGUCAUUCAGUUCACCAAAUGGUAGCUUCGGUUCUCAAAGAAGUUUGAGGUCUAACAGCUCAUCUAUUUUGCCUCUUUCCAAGAAAAAUGGCAGUAAAGUAAUUGACUCGGAAAAGACAUCAAAGAAUGAUUCUCUGCGACGUUCUGCUAGGAAAGUAAAAUGAAAUUGACUUUCAGAAAGUUUUUAUAUUUAUCGAUUUUAUUAUUGUACAUCAUUUUAAUAAAUUUAGUUUUGCUUCUUUGACAAAGAGGUUAUUUGUAUAGUGUAAUUCAAUUGGGUUGGCAUUAAAUGUCUUCAAUCCAAGAAAAAAAAUACAGUUCAAAUCAAUCAUUAGUUUAUAAGAGACAAAUUACAUAUCCAUUAAUUGUUAUUCGUCAUGUUUCAGUGAGUUGCAAAGAAAAUAGAGAGUUAUUGGAAUAAAGUAAAAGGUUUAGCAAAACUACUAUUUGAUGUUUUUUUUAUGUUUGAUAUGGUUUAAUAUAAGUAUUGAAGAUUGGGCAAUAAUAUGUAUUUGACGUUUCUUCUUGUUUCAAAUCAAUAAUAUAACAAGAGUUUUCCACUGAAAUUAAAAAUUGACCUAACAAUAACUCUCUUACAGUAAAACAUUUCUUCCUUCAAUUCACCAUGUGAAUAUCUUUAUAUGAAUAUAUUUUUGUAUAUAUUAUCAAAAAUUGAAUAAAGCAAGGAAGAAAUUUA